AUGUCCGACCAAAAUCACUACGACCAGUCCCAAGGCGGCCACAAUCAGAACCUCCCGAGCAGCAAUCCAUGGAGCCAGCAACCCUCCUACGGCAGCGCUCCUAAUCAACAGCAACAACAGCAACAGCCGCAACAGCCGCAACAGCCGCAGCAACAGUAUGCAGGCUACGCGCCACCCAGCGGUCCUCCACCAGGCCAGCAACCUCAGCGUGCGGGCACCUUCAAGGAGUCCGACUUCGUGCCCGAAAGUGAGCGUGGUGAGCAGCGCGAAGCCAUCCAGCAGUAUGAGAUGAGCAAGACCGGCAAUGAGAGCCAACAGGACCGCGAUGUCGAGCAGUUGCAGAGAGAGUUUCCAGGCGUGGACGGCAGUCUGAUCUCCGCGCUCUAUAACGACAAUGGUGGUCUUGCCCCGACACGUGACGAUUGGGACGAUGUCGACGGAUACGAACGCACCAUGCACGAGAGGGUAAAUGGUGGUGCAGAGGAGCAAGGACCGUCGAUCAAGGAUGGAUUGCUACCGUUAAUGAAGGAAGCUAACCUCUAUGUCGAGCGUACUAUCCUAAGCUCAUGA